AUGUUUCAUGCGCUAAUGGCCGAGGUAACACACUUUUUAAACACUAAAGCUCCUGAUAACCCUGUCGACCAUCAAGACAGUGCUAGCACAUCAGGUUCUCGGGCGGGCAACCUUCUACAUUCGGUAAAGCUGCCUAUCCUGAAUUUGCCUUCGUAUGACGGGAGCCUGGAAACCUGGAUGUUUUUCCGUGACAGUUUUUCAUCCAUAAUACAUGAAAACGAUGCUCUAGCAAAUGUCCAAAAAUUCCAUUACCUACAGCUCUCCUUAAAAGGGGAGGCUGCAGAAACAAUCAGCUCGUUGCAAAUAUGUGAUGCAAAUUAUGAAGUAGCAUGGUCGCUUAUUAAAGAACGGUUUGAAAACAAGCAAUUUCUAAUAAAUUUUCACAUCAAAUCUUUAUUUAACCUACCGGCAUUACAACACGAGUCACACACUGGACUUAGGCAACUUUUAAACGGGUUACAAAAACAUUUAAAUGCUUUGGAAGUUUUGGAACGUCCCACCGAACAUUGGGAUGAUAUUUUAAUAUACUUAUUGGCCAGCAAAUUCGAUAACGCUACCAGACGCUCCUGGGAAAACAAAAUUAAUGCUAGCGAAAUUCGCACACUCUCUCAGUUGACUGACUUCCUAAAAGAUAAAUGUCGAAUGCUACAAACGUUGGAAACCGAAACCAAACAGUCAAGUAAUAAAUCUAAUAGUAACUUUAAACAAAGGGAAAAAACAAAGACAUUUCUUACUAACGCAACAAAACAAUGCGUUUUUUGUAACAAUGAACAUAACAUUUACCAUUGUGAAUCAUUUUUAAAAUUAACACCUUCUGAACGUUUAAAUAAAGCUAAAGGUUUACGAUUGUGCAUUAAUUGUCUAAACAACAAUCAUUCCACAAAACAAUGUCACUCUUCCGGUUGCAAGAAAUGUGGUAAGGUCCACAACACUCUGUUGCAUUUUCCAAAGCAGCCAGUUCAACAAACUUCUGUAGAGGCUGACAUUCCUAUUGACAUUCCACAGGCCAACGAGACUUCUUCUAACUAUUCUUCUUUAACAUGUCAUUCACCUGCCAAAUCAAAAAUUUUACUCUCUACUGCCAUGGUUAAAGUAGCUGAUAAAAAUGGCAAUCUACACGAUUGUAGAGUUUUACUUGACAGCGCUAGCCAAUCUAACUUUAUUAGUCAACGUUUACACAACAUUUUACAAUUGCCUAAAACAAAGACUAACACAUCUAUAUUUGGUAUCGCUCAAAUGCACAAAAACAUUAACUAUUGUGAAUUAUUAAAAUGUCCGACGAUUCUCCCCCGACACAGGGGGAAAGAAUUUGACGACACACAGGAUUCUAUGAUUAUCGAAAACACCGAUCAACACAACAGCGGUAAAAACAACAGCGAUAAGGAAAGCAGUUCUGAACAAACGUUGCAAUAA